AUGCAAAAGUCUGGCCGAAAGCGUGUUGUGUCAUCUUGUAUUCCGUGUUAUACUAGGAAGCAGAAGUGCAAUCGUCGUUAUCCAUGCAAUCAUUGCGCUCGGCGCAGGCGACCCGAGGAGUGCGCUUACUACAACUCGCAGGCAUUGCAAGCCAACAUUUCACCAGUUCAAACGGAGGCUCGCCAAAACGAAGAUGUUCCUACAGCACACGACACCCGCAUUCAACAGAACUGUAGCAGCGGUUCUGCUCAGAGUAUCACAGACCAGGAGAGUAGGAUCGACGUGGCUGAUUCGAUAGCCGAAGUGUUUGGAUAUUUUGAGGAAAGCGAGUCUAAUACUAUGGCUGUGGUCUGCGGGUUAGGGCUGAGAAAUCACCAAAUCCGAGACAGACAAUGCGCGCCUAUCCCUCUAGAGUCGUUGGAGGAAGUUGAAGAUCAAACAGAAAGAAUGCCCGAUCGUCAGAUUCUUGACUUUCUCGUGCAAUACUAUGUGAUGGAAAUCCACUGGAUGGAACAACUUGUGCACCCACCUUGGUUCUUGGCACAGUACCAAGUAUGGUGGAACUCGGAACGACCGUCAUCAACACUUGACGUCGAGUUCGCAGUGCUACUCCUGAGGAUGUGUUCUCACGCUUUGCAGUUUCUCCCCUCGCCGUCUUACACCAUCGAUAAGAUCAGAGGCAUGUCCCUGACGGACAUUCGGGACUCAAUCAACGAUGUCGCCGACAAGCUUACUGCAAUCUGCAUUCGACUCGACGGGAAGGGUUCUCUUCUACGCGUGCAGCAUCUGCUCUUUUCGGGAUUACGGUACCAGUGCGAAGGGCGAAAUAAGAUGUUUUGGGAAGCGUUUGGCGACGCGGUUCGAGUCGCACACAGAAUUGGACUUGAUCGAAGGCCUGCGGCAACAAUUACGGGAAUGAAUGAGUUAGACAAGGAAAUGCGUCGCAGGGUGUACUGCAACCUUUUCAUAUGGGAUAGCCUUUUCUCGAGACAACUUGACAUGUCCCCUUUUUUGCCCUCGGGUUUGACCGACGAAAACCUUCCACGGAUGCACCUCAGUCCAAAUGUCGACGACGCCGACGCCCCUGAAGAGUUCUCAGAACGUUUGAUCCAAGCCCGUCUGGCGUCCUUUUGGAGAGACUUCUUACCAAGGCGAGAGUAUGACGCGACCGUGGCCGAAGCAACAUACGAGAAGUUUUGCAACGGAUUUCUCGCAACUUUGCCGCCGGCCUUCGCUCUGGACUCCAGCACGCAAUGGGACGAGCGUCUACCUAUGCUGCCUCUGCAGAGGCAAAACCUGCAUACCACCAUUUUCGAGUCGCUCUGCUGCAACUUUCGCCCGGUACUGCUUCAGAACCCAGCCUGCCUCAAUAGGCUUCCCGUAUACAAGCGAGUUCUUCUAUCGUGUCAGAGAAGGGCUCUGGCCGUGGCAGCAUUGAGGGUGCUGGAAAGCGUCUCUAAGUUGCACACCAUACUAGGCGGCUGCCACACACGGUUCGUGGGCAUCAUCUUUCCAACAUUUGAAGCUGCCGUUCUGCUUGUCGGCCUCUGUACGGAUAUCGACUUUCCGGGCAAGAGUGAGGAUGGCCCUCUCACCACGCUCAGGAUAGAUCCUCUCGGGACUGGGAAGGCUCGCGUAUCUCGGGACCAAUGCUUGCGCGCGGUUGAUGACGCGCUUGCACGUCUGCGAAUGCUUGCGGAAGUGAGCAAUAUGGCUCAGGUAGGAGCUCAAACCCUAACCCAACUUCUCAGUAAGAUGCCAAGACAGCAGACGCCAGACAUGGAAACCAUACCUGCAUGGAUCAACCAAAUGCUCGAGUUGGGCGUCGAGGAGGCUGUAGGGCAGUGCGAUUUCAAAGACAUCCCUAACAGCGAGUGUGGUCCGUGGAUACAGCAGGUCUCAGAAGAGCUUAUAUAG